AUGGAAUUAAUUUUAAAUGAAAUUUCUUAUUCUGAGACUAUAAAUAUGAAGGAUCUAAAUAUCUUUGAAUCUAUCAUUAAAAAAGUAUUACCUUCUAAUUAUAAAUAUUUCAUAGAAAGCUUUAAACAAAUUUCAUCACACAGCUUUUUGGGUGCCUAUGAAAUGCCUUUUAAGGCCAGCUGUCGUAUAAACAUUCUAACAAUUGAAGAAUCUGAAGCAUGGCUUCAGAAAUUCAUAGAUAUGCAUAAAAUAACAAUGAGAGAAACCCGUGGACCAAGGAAUAAAAAACAAUGGCGAAACCAAUAUGAAAAAUACACGGGAGCGAAAUACCAAUUGUCCGGCAACAUUGAGUAUUUAAUUACUCAAAAGUCUGAUCCUUACCUGUGCAUUGUUUCUUUACACUUUGAUCAUAAUCAUCCCCUUAAGUCUAGCCAUGUCAUGAGUUUUUGUCCAUUAUCUAAUGAAACAAAAAAUAAAAUCAUUAAACUUUUUGAAACAGGUCAUAAUCCCAGUAGUGCAUAUCAUACGUAUUGGGAACAAUUGCAAUUAAACUGUGGAAAUGAUGAAGAAGUUUUAGCUGAUAGAUCAACAGCACCACGUAAAAUGAAAGAAGUUUCUGAAUUUAAUGAUAACCAUAAAGGAAAAGCGUGGUUGCAAUCAUAUAUUGCACCAGAAAAGGAAGAUCCCGGACAGCCACUUAUUCUUGUUAUCUUAACAAACCUUAUGAUAUGUUGUUAUGAAUUACAGGAGGCAGGUGAAUUAGUAUACAUGGACACAACUGCUGGGUUAGAUAUACUUAAUACUCCCUUAAUAAUUCUUUCAACAAGCACACCUGUUGGUGGUCUGCCUCUCGCUGUAAUCCUUACUUCAGAUGAAUCAACAAAUACUUUUACUAAAGCGCUAGAUAUAUUAAAACACAUGAUACCAUCAAUAGCAUUUGAGAAAGAUGCAUAUUUAGUGACUGAUAGUGAGUUAAAACUUAGUGAUACUAUUAAUACUGGUAUAUAUGCCGAUAAUAAUUGUCAUAAUGAUAGCUAUAGUUGCGAUAAUGUUGACAAUAAUAAAAGUAUUAAUAGCGAUAGUAGCA